UGCCGGCUGGCAGGGCCUUCCUCACCUCCUUGUAAGGCUGAGGAGGUCACUGGAGUGGAGCUCCUACACGGCCAGAUGGGAACAUUCACCUGUCCUCCCCUGCAGCCCUUCACUGACUACACUGUCACCAUCUCAGUGCCCCCCAGCACAGUCCUGUUUUCAUGGAUGAUCAGGACAAAAGAAACAGUGCCGCAGAAGCCAGAGCAGCUGCAGCUGGAUGCCAGCACGGGGACCCUCAGGUGGAAGGCGCUGCCCUCCUGUCGAGGGGAGAUCACUGGGUACCAGCUGAACAUCACGGCCAGGGCCUCGCAGGACGGCGGCUUCCUGCAGAUCGAGCGGCUGAGGCUGAGCAGCCAGACCACGGAGCACCCGCUGCCCACAUACGGCCCUGGCACCACAUAUGUGGUGGCCGUGCGGGGCCUCACAGCCGCGGGUCCCGGAGCUGCAGCACAGUUUCACACCAACGGCUCAGAGACGCCCGAUGGCUGCUCCCGCCUCGUGCUCAAUACCUCUCUGUCUCAGGGGACAGCCGUGCUUCCCCUGCACCCCAUCUCCUGGCGCCCUGAGGCAGCAAGUGAGCACCAGCUGCUCGUGGCAGUGACACACAACAGCACGGUGCUGGAAGACGCCUGCUCGGGGGAGCUGCAGCCCUCCAACCACAGCCACCCUGCCGACCCCUACGUGGCCGCCGUGCUCAACCUCAGCGCACCCACGGACUUCGUGCUGGGUGACGGGACCCGCGGGCACGGCUUCCACAACGCUCCCCUGCACCCGGGAUGGGAUUACACCGCCCUUCUGCGCCUCGCCCGGCGCUCAGCACAGGCGGAGACAUUCACCUGCGUCUGCUACAGCUUCUCCAUGGGGCAGGAAUCAAUUCCUCUGCUGCAGCGACUGCCUGUGCUGAUGGCAUUUGUGCUGGCUGCAGUAGUCUUGGUACUGGGGAUUUUCCUGCUCCCCCUGUUCAUCAGGCAAAAGUGCAACAGAUCAAACGCCUCUGAGAUCAACAGCAGUAUCCCCCUCCAAAAGUGUCGCAGAGGUGCCAGUAAUCUGAACACACUGAUUCUCGUGGAGGAAUUGCUGGAUGCUCUGAAAAGGCUUCAAAGGGCAGAGAUAGAGGCAGAGCAGAUGGAGGAUGAAUCAGUUGACAGGCACGAGGCAGGGCGUCUGGGCGAGUACCAGAAACUGGCUUCCUCUCUGUGCCAUUCCUGCAGUGCUGGGAAGGAGCUGUGCAACGAGGGCAAGAACCGCUACAAGAGCAUCAUUCCAUAUGAUCACUGCCGUGUGGUGCUACAGCCCUCUGACACGGGGAAUGAUUACAUCAAUGCCAGCUACGUGGAUAGCUACCGGAGCCCGCAUUUCUUCAUUGCUGCUCAAGGCCCUUUGCCUGGGACAGUGGUGGAUUUCUGGCAGAUGGUCUGGCAGGAGAAAACUUCGGUCAUUGUGAUGCUGACAGGCUUGGUGGAGCACAACAGGAUCAAGUGCGAGCAGUACUGGCCAGAGCAGCAGCAAGUAUAUGGGGACUUCACUGUAACUCUCAACAACACCAGGACCACCAUGGGCAUUAUUACACGUGUCUUCUGCCUGCAGAAGGCAGGAUACGCUCUCCCAAGAACAGUGGAGCAGUUUCACUACAUGCAGUGGCCAGACCAUGAGGUGCCCAGGAACCCUGCCCAGCUGCUGUGCCUAGUGGAAAUGGUGAACAAAAGUGGGUCAGAAUCUCCUGCGGGCCCUGUGCUGGUACACUGCAGUGCAGGGAUCGGGCGGACAGGCACCUUCAUUGCCCUGGACUUCCUCCUGAAGAUGGCAAAGACUGAGGGAAAGGUGGAUGUGUUUCACUGCGUGCAGAGGCUGCGGGAGCAGCGGGUCUGUAUGGUACAGACCAAGGAGCAGUAUGCCUUUUUGUAUGAGGUGCUGCUAGAAGGCUUGCUCUGUGGCUGCACUGCGGUGCCAGUGGAGAGAGUUGUCAGUCACAUCAGCUGCCUCCAAGGAGCUGAGAUCCAGAGCCAGAACAGCAUCCUGGAGAAGGAGUUCAAGGCAGUGCAGAAGUUUUCUGAGUUGUUCCAGCUUCUGCCGUGCAGAGAAGCGGAGAAACCCAGCAACCAGCCCAAGAACCGCAAGCCAGGGAUCCUGCCAGCGGACUCCUUCCGGCCCAUCCUGAUGUCCUCGCUGAACUCUGACGGUUCGCCGGGUUACAUCAACGCCGUGUUUGCCAAUGUAAGGCUGCAGCCAAGCGGGGCUUGGGGCUGCAGGGAGUAGCAGAGGCUCCAGGAGCACCCAGAGCAGGGCUGGGCUGUG